AUGCCUCUCAGCGCCCACUGGGAACGAUGCGUCACCCCCAUCGAAGCAGCGGACGAGCGGCGAUGCCGCCUUCCAGCUCACACAGGAGGUCCCCCCCCCUCCCGUGGAACUGUUGCUGCCACUGCGUUCUCGCCUUACUGCCGCAUGGACUCUGCGAACGGCAGCACGUACGUUGCGCAUGAGGACGAAGGCGGAUCGCAGUCUCUGCCAUCGCCAGACGUGGAGUGGCCGGAUGGCGAUGCGACGGCAGCAGCUGUUGCAGCUGCCGCCGUUGCUGUAGCUGCUGCUGCCGCACCCUUUGCUGCCGGGGAGGCUCCGGCGGCUGUAGCAGCAGCGCCCCCUGCUCUUGAAGGGGCAAGCGCUGCAGCAGAGGGCACAUGGGGAGGAGGCCUUAUGCAGGGAGCAGCAGGCACUGCAGCAGGAGCGACAGCUCCCUCCGACAUCCCCACAGAAAGACGGCGGCAUCAUCGCAGCGGUAGGGCUGGCGGAAAUGCGCGCAGUGGUCGCAACGUACGUGUUGGUGCGACCUCCGCAGUGCUGGCAGGUGUCUCGACAGCUGGCGACAGCCGCCGACGGUUUGAUGGGAGGACCUCCGCUUCUUUCAGGAGGGGCGGCAAGCCGAGGCGGCGUGCGCAUAAGAAAGGCAGAGAUGCCAGGAGACAGCAGCAGCUGCAACAACAGCAGCCGCAGCCUCUCCGGCUGACAUCAGAAGUUCUCAUGCAGCUGGAGGCUCGAACAUCAUCCCGGGUGCAUGAAUGUGUUCAUGUCGGUGUUGUGCAGGGGGUGUGUGUGUGGUUGGUUGUUUGUUUGCUGGCGUGUGCAGUUGUGGAGUCGGGCCUGGGCGUUUCGGGGGAAGAAGCACUUGCGCCUUCCGGAGGGAGCGCUAGAGGAAGUCGCUCGUUGUCUUUCUUUUGGUUGGUGAAGCACCGUGCAGAGCAGAACAGAGAGGCGGCAGGCGACGCGCGCCGUCAGGCAGCCUUCCAGCGUGCAGAAGCUGCAUGCAGAGAUUCUGCCGCGGGAGCAGCGGGGGAGCCGGCUCCCGUGGAGGUAGAUGAAUGCAGCAGUCAGAGUCAGCGAAGCAGCGAGGUUUCCACGAAGGGCACGGUGAAUCACAAGUGCAGAGAGGACGAUGUGCGCAUCAACCUUUGCGAGAAUCCAUCAGACUUGUGGUAUGGUCUCAAGAUGCAAGAUGGACGGCCUGUGAUUGUGCAUUCGCGCGCCGUCUCCAGCAGGCCCAGUUGGGCAGCAGGGGCAGCAGCAGUUCUUGCUGCCAUCGCCGCUGCCGCAGCACGCGCAGCUCCAACAGCAGCAGCAGCAGCAGCAGCACAUGCAGCCGUUGCCGCCGCAGCAGCAACUGCUGCAGCUCCGCUUGCAGCAGGAGCAGCAGCAGCAGCUGCUGCUGCAGCUCCCGCAGGCCCGUGGAUCAACAAUUGCGUGGGCUUUCUGAACCAAAAGUAUUUCCUGCUCUUCCUCGUCUACGUCAACCUCAUGUGCUGCACGGCUUUCGUGGUCUUAGUCUGCCGCGUCGUCACCUGCGUGGAUACCGCUGCGGCAGAGGGCUUUGAAGGCACAGCGUGGACUGCUGAUCAGUCUUCGAUCUUGCCUGAGGGGAUGCCUUCCAGUGUCGCAGAAUACGGAGACGCUAUCCAGGAGACUGCCAAGUAUCGCGCAGAGCCCUACGCGGAGCAGCUGUCGGCUGAGGCUUCCAACAGACGCUGGAGAAUCCCGCAGAGCAGCCACGCUUCGCGGGAACUCCCCGAAGAGGCAGUGGAGGCAGUCGCUGCGGGGUGGGUGGCAGCAGCAGGAGGGCAGUCUUUUUGUUGGUACACAGCAGAUUCCCUGCCGUCCAACACAGAGCCCUUUGCAUGGAUUCUGCUGUCUUGUUACAUGCCGCAGUGCGACGUGACUCUCCAGUCGGCCGUUUUCGGAGCAGUAAGCUCUUGGAGUGGCUCAACGCUAGGAACGUCUCGCGCUGCGCUUUGUCGACGCUUAGGAGCUCGGGCUUAUUGUUGGAAUUGCAUGCGGCUCAGGCCGUAG